GAGUGGCGGCCACGCGCAGGCUGCCUCGGUGCUGUCAGUGCUUGGGAACGAGCCGGAGUCAGUAGAAGUGUUCGGCGGAGGCUUCUCCAGCCCGGUCCCUCUCGCUCGCCCGCCCGCCGCGUCGCUCAAUAAAAAUGCAACACGCCGCUUUCUGACUCCAGAAAGAAAAUAAUCCAAGGACACUUACUCCCGCAGAGAAAUAAAAAUGUUCAAGGACACUUCGAAAGAUUCAUUUGCCCUGGAUGUGGCUCUGAUUUCAGCAGCUGUGAUAAUUUGUCUUGCUGCGAUGGUCAUGAUGUGUGGGAUCUGCAAAUGGUGUCAACACAAGCUGGGUAAACGACACAAGAGUUCACUGGAAGUCGUCACCACACCAGACUCCAACCGGGGCCGCAACGAGAAGAAAGCCAUCAAUGAUCUUGACAAAGACUUUUGGAAUAACAAUGACAGCACUGUACAAAAGAAAUGGAGUUCCUACCCUCCAAAGGAGUUCAUUCUAAACAUUUCGCCUUAUGCACCUUAUGGUGACCCACGUCUUUCACUCAAUGGCUCUCUCAUGUCCGGUAACAAAGCUCCAGUAGCUGAAAAAGAAACACGCACGGCCGAGAAGCAAACCCGCAGCAACAGCAUGAAGAGCAGCGGAUCUUCCGUCAGUAAUCGGGGUGAAGCUGCCAAUGGGAAGGUUGGGAAAGGUGGGCGCUGGCACACAGUCCAGACUCUCCUAGCAUCGGGCAAGCUCAACCAAGCUAACUUGGAUGAGCCGUUCUUGUCAGCAGCCUCUACGUUAGAACACAUAUCCACACCACCGGCCGACCAACAAUCGAAAUGCCCGCGACCUCGGACGCUGCAGAGGCAGCAGAGCCUCCAGCAGCCACUGCAGCAGCAUAGACCCGCCCAUCACCAGCCCACCACCAGCCAGAGCCUGGGGCAGCUUCAGUUCCAGCAGCAGACAACCUCCGGCAGCAGGUCUCCCUACAGAGCCCAGCACAGGGCAGGCAGUACAGCGGGCUCACGCAGUCGCACAGCCGGUGGCCGCAGUCGCUCCAACCCUGGGAGCUGGGAUUACGUCAUGGGACAGCUCCGUAAUCGAGGGUUAGAUAUGAAGUCUUUCCUUGAAGGCCGGAUGGUGGUCCUUUCCCUGGUUAUGGGUUUGACAGAACAGGAUGACUUUGCAAAUAUUCCCGAUCUACAGACCAGCAACAGCCAACCAAACCAAGGCAUGCAGUCAGACAAAAGGUUGCCCACUGGAAAUAAGCCAGUAAAUACAACUCCUGUGCAAGGGCAGGUCCCUCAGGAUGACUCAGACAGAAAAACAGAACCCCGCUCCUCAGUCUCAGAUCUGGUGAAUUCUCUCACAAGUGAAAUGCUAAUGCUGUCACCAGGUUCUGAGGAUGACCAUGAGGGAAGUUCACGUGAGAACCUUGGUCGUAUUCAGUUUAGUGUCGGGUACAACUUCCAAGAAUCCACCUUCACCGUUAAAAUAAUGAAGGCUGUGGAGCUCCCGGCAAAGGACUUCAGUGGUACCAGUGAUCCAUUUGUUAAAAUCUACCUGCUCCCUGACAAAAAACACAAGUUGGAAACUAAAGUGAAAAGAAAGAAUUUAAAUCCACAUUGGAACGAGACAUUCCUUUUUGAAGGGUUCCCCUACGAGAAAGUGGUGCAGCGAGUUCUCUACCUCCAAGUCCUUGAUUAUGAUCGUUUCAGUCGAAAUGAUCCGAUUGGAGAGGUAUCAUUACCGUUGAACAAGGUGGACUUGACGCAGACACAGACAUUCUGGAAAGAACUAAAGCCAUGCAGUGAUGGAAGUGGAAGUCGGGGAGAACUUCUUUUGUCAUUAUGUUACAACCCAACUGCCAACACUAUCACUGUGAACAUAAUUAAGGCAAGGAAUCUGAAAGCCAUGGACAUAGGGGGUACAUCAGAUCCUUAUGUUAAAGUUUGGCUCAUGUACAAAGACAAGAAAGUGGAGAAGAAAAAAACAGUUGUGAUGAAGAGGUGUUUAAACCCCAUCUUUAACGAGUCUUUUGUGUUCGAUGUACCGACAGAAAUAUUGAGAGAGACAACUAUUGUAAUCACUGUGAUGGAUAAAGACAAGCUGAGUAGAAAUGAUGUUAUUGGAAAGAUAUACUUAUCUUGGAAGAGCGGGCCUGGUGAAGUCAAGCAUUGGAAAGAUAUGAUUGGAAGGCCACGACAUGCUGUGGCUCAGUGGCAUCAACUCAAGGCAUGAUUCUUCACCAAAUGAAAGAAGAGGGGAAAACAACAGAAAUAGAAGAGAAAACAUCUGAUUAGCCUUGACAUUUUAAGUAUGCACAAUGAAGCACGUGGACUAAAGUCAUGGAUUACUCAGCCAACACUCUGGGAGUCCAGCAGCCAAUCCAUAUGCCAUGGACUUUACAGCAUUGAGCUGCCAGGAACAUUUUUUAAGUCAAAAGGUCAUAUCCACCUAGUGCUUCAACAACCAUCACCCACCCUGCACACUCGCUCUCCUCCCCCAACAAAAGAAAUUUGCAAAUUUUGGUCAUGGCACAAACUCAUUCUGUGUCUGUGACCAGUAGUCACGUGGCUUAGACUUUAGUUUUAAUUUUCCUGUGACUAAAAAAAAAACAAUUUGUUCUUCCAGUAGUGAAGGAGUUUAUAGCAUUGGGAAAAAAUUAUGUGUACCUUUUUUUCCAAAAUAUAAUGGCAUUUUAAUUUUCUGGUGCAGGUGUAGAUGCUAAUGGUUCUAAAGACACUUUUUUUUAUUUAUCUCAAUUAAUGUAGUGAGGGGGAUGAAACAUGAGAAAAACAGGAACUUAAAAUCUGUGUAUGUCUCUGUGUGUGUUGUGUGUCUGUAACUAUAUAAAGUGUGUUUUUGUGCACACAAAAACUACUCUGCCACGCCCUUAAUGCGUGGGCUAUUUUCUCUGCACUUUUUAAAAUGAACAGAUUUGGUUAUGAAAAAAAACUUGUGAAUGGAUUUAGGGAUCCUAGAGAUGGUUUUUAAGUGGGCAAUGUCUGGUUUACACAGUAUUUCAACUUGCUUCUCCUUUAUAUCCAGGGCUUAAAGAACUACUAUACUGGAAAAAGCAAAAAUCCUGAAGCAUUAACAUGCAGAAAAUCCUGUAAUGUUGCAUACAGUAUUGGACUAACACUCCAAAAGGCAACUGAUAGCAAUUGUAAAAUAUUGUAUUAAUAUUCCUACACAAGUCCUGUAGAGUAAAACUAUAAAUCACUUUCAUGGCAUUUUGGGUACGCAUUUGCAUUGUCAGGUGCAUUAAAAAAAUAACAUUGUUAGCUGGUAAGUAAAAUUCACUCAUUUGGGUUAUUUGGAAGAAUUUGUGUAGGCAAGAGUUUGAAGUUGGAAGAGUGUCUCAAACAAAGCUCUUAACAAAAAUAUUAUUUUAUACAUGUUGAUUUACAUUUCCUUAUCACAGUCAGACUGAGAGGUUUGGUUGAAGAUCUAUUUAUUCCAACCCAGAGAAUCAGGUAAUGCAACUUGUUCAGGGCCAGUGAAUAGCUUAUUGUGAUGCAAGACACUAUAGAAAGAAUGUAGGUGUCCUUUCAUUACAAUGAAAAUUAAUACUAAAGUAUUAUUUGAUGUGAUGGGAUACGCCAUUCACCUGCAGAGCUAUAGACACCGAAUUCCAAAUUUGAGAUGGGUUAUUGAAAAUCAAAGGCAGAGGGACUUACUUACUAUUGGAUUCUAAACUAUUAAAAAUCUAUUAAGAAAAAUAAGUUACACAGGCUGUGAGUCUGAAGUAAAGAGCAAGGUUAUUGCACAUCCUUUUUCCACUCCAAUUCAAGUUCAAGUUCAGUUUGUUCCCAUUGAACCUUACGCAUGUAUACUGCCGAACAAAACAAUGUUUCUCCAGACCAAGGUGCACAACGUAUUACAGACAAAGCAAUAGUUAUAAAAACAAAUGAAUAAAUAAUGAGAAUAUUCAAUACAAGUUAAAAAGUAAACAGUAUAACACUACUGGCACUUCAUACAUGAUGAAACCAUAUAUUGAGAUUCAUACAUAGUGGCAGGGAGAUCAGUAGUCUUACGGCCCGGGGGAAGAAGCUAUUUCCUAUCCUAACAGUUCUUGUCCUAAUGCUAUGGUGUAUCCUGCCUGAUGGUAGGGCAUCAAAGAGAUUGUUAAACAGAUGGGAGGGAUCAUGAAGAAUGCUGAAGGCCCUGCCUAUACAACACUCCCGAUAAGUAUCUCAGAUGGGUGGAAGAGAGACCCCGACGGUACUGUCAGCAGUCCUUGCAAUCCUUUGUAGGGACUUGCAGUCAGAUACCUUGCAAUUCCCAUAGCAGAUGGUGAUGCAGCCAGUCAGGACACUCUUGACGAUGCUACUGUCAAAGUUGGUUAAAAUGGGUGGGUGGGGGGAGCCUGGCUUGCCUCAAUCUCUGUGGAAACACUGCUGUGCUUUCUUGACCAAGGAGCUGCUGUUGAAGGACCUGGUGAAAUUGUCCAUUAUGUGCACUCUCAGAAGCUUGGUCCUCCUAAUUUUCUCCACAGAAGAGCCAUGUAUGUGCAGUAGGGAGUGCUCAGCCUGUACCUUCCUAAAGUCCACAAUCAUCUCAUUGGUCUUCUCCAUGUUGAGACUCAAGUUGUUGUGUUUGCACCAUUCUACCAACCACACUACCUCCUCUCUGUACACCUUCUCCUCAUCGUUGUUGAUGAGGCCAACCGCUGUUGUGUCAUCAGCAAACUUGAUGAUUCGGUUUGAACUGGAUCUAGCAGCGCGGUCGUGCGUCAGCAGCGGGCUGGGGAGCGCCAGUGCUCAGUGUGAUGGAGCUAGUGAUGGUUCUGCCAACACCGACUGGCUGUGGCCCUUCUGUCAAGAAAUCCAGGAUCCAGUUACAGAGAGAGGUGUUGAGACCCAAUGAGGACAGUGUAUCUCAGUGGUUUUUGUGGUCAAUCAUGUGAAAUUUUAGUGCUGAGAAACAGAAUUCCAGAAGCCUCCUUGCUUUGGGCAUCCACUGGUGCCACCGAGGCAGUGUUCUUGUACAGUCAGAUGUCAAACAAACUCUCACAAUAUCAGUCAGCUAAGGAUCUUCUCAGCUGUGGAAAGUAGCCAUAAUUUGUGAAAGUAAGUAGGCAUAUUCACACAGAGAGUCCUUGUGAAGUAUCUAUGACGUUGCUAGUGUGAUGUCCCUUAAAUGGCUACUUUUAUGCUGUGAUCCAUUCUUAAUUGGAAGGAAGAGUUCUGCCUGAAGUUACUUGUUGGGCCCUGAGUGAGUGCCAAGUUGGCUGUUUAUUCCAGCAUUCCACGCUUCAUAUGAAUCCAGAAUUGAGGAGCCAACUCUUAACACCCUUCACCACAGACUCCCAUUCAUAUUGACUCCCAUAUGAUGCACCUCUAUUCAUAUUGACCCCACUGAAUGUCACUGCUUAAGCUGUGGAUUUGAUAAGUUUCAUUGGAAAGAGUAAUUCUGUAUUCCUGACUUUGAAACUUUAUCCAUCAGGGUAAACAUUAGCUUAAAGAACACAAUUGUACAUUCAUUCAUUUUAAUGGGUAAAUCAACUCCUGCAGGGUGAAGUGUUAUAUUUGCAUUACAUAGUAUUUAUAAAACACACCCUGUUUUCUUAAUGCUAGUACUCCUUUUACUGUGGAGAAGCUUAACAUAUGUAUUAGUUAUCCAAAUCUUUUUAAGUCUCCACUGUUUUAUAUGCAAGGAAGUACUUCAAUUAACUCUGAAUAUUCUUCAGCAUAGCAGUCACUUGCAAAAUUCCAGGAGGAACUCCUAUAUUCCCAACGAAUAUCCAUUAGAUCUUAUAUAUAACAGAUGAUACUCUGAUUUUCACGCCCCCAAUUGAAAUUCAGUAUUUCAGAUUGCUUUAAUACUACAUAUAAAAUUAAAGGACUUACUUGACUAGAAUAGCCUAGUUUUAUGAUAGCAAACGCCCUAUCUCAGGCAAAUAGUUUCAUUUUUCUUCAUUUUGAGGCAAAUUUAACUCAGGUGUACUGGGGGGGGGGGAGUGCGAUGGGUGCGAGUUGCUAAGUUAUUAAUAAAAAUUACCAAAGGUCUGAGUUAAAUUAAGAAAAAAGAAGACUCAUAACAAUGUCAGGGAUGAAAAAGGGCUAUCCAGUAAACAAAAGCCACCAUUACAUUGGUGGUUGCCAUACUAUGAAUGGGCCGUCUCUCUGCUUUCUUCAGUCACUGAGUGACAAUAAAUUCCCUGAGGAAAGUACUGAGUAAUUGAAAGCCCAGUGAGAGUGCAAUAGAUAAGACAAAAGACAUUCAGUCAUCAUAGGUGGGAGAAACUCAAUGAGUGGGGAUAUUGUUGAAAUGUAUAAUGUAUUAAUCUGGCUGAAGUAUAUUCCCAUCCAAGCAAAAAGACGCCAUUUUAGCUGUGCAAUUAUAAUAAUCUCUAAUACAAUGCCCAACAGAUCAUUCUAGCCUUUUACUGUCCUUUAUGUGAGGAUAUGUCUGCUAUUUUCACAUUUUCACUAAUUUAUAAUCAUGAUCUCAAGACUUCACUAGUAUGGCUUAUAUUUCAACUAAUUUAGCUUUCCUUUAAAAUUUUACUGAGUCCUUUUCAAUAAUUGACUCUCCUGGUUGUAAAUGCUGAGUAUUUAAAAACUUCCCUCAUUGCUCACUCUUUCUAAUGAUCUAAAUCCAAGGAACUAAGGAAUUAUUUGUACUGCUCUCAUCUCAAAUAAAUAUUUUGUUUUAAUGUGACAACAAAAUUUGAAACAUUAAAAUAACACAAACUGUAAUAAGUCAUUUGGAAAAGUAAUGGUUUAAGAAUUAUAAUAACUUAAAAUAAAUUAGAUGAAAGAAUCUGCAGAUGCUGGAAAUCCAAGUAACACACAAAAAGUGCAGCAUCUAUGGAAAAGAGUAAACAGUGAAUGUUUUGGGCUGAGACCCUUCAUCAUCAGGACAUUUCGGGCUGAGAACCUUCACCCGUCGACUGUUCACUCUUUUUCAUAGAUGCUGCCUGACCCACUGUAUUUCUUCAGCACUUUGUGUGUGUUGCUUCAGAUAACUAAAUUUGAAAUAACUUUGUUUGAUUCCAAUCAAUUGCAUCCAGGCUAAUAUCCAGUAGCUGGCUAUUUUUAGUGGAGAGUUAAUCAUCCUUGUUUGCCACAUUUGCCAACAAAACUUGUCUUUAUUUGCAGUUUCAAUGCCUCUGUGUCAUGACUCCGAGGCAUAUAACUGUGUUCAUGCCAGAUUGUUUUCACCAUAUGCGCAGUUAGCUGGUCUCCCAAGUUGGUGUUCCCCAUUAAUACUGAAACAGUUUAUGGAAUCAGUUGUGAAUUAUUUAAGCGAUCGGACAUAUGGUGGAUUGCCAAGUGAAAACAUUGUGUUGCCAUCUCCUCUGUUCCUUAUCCUCCCUUUCUUUAUUUCCUUUGCUUUUUCCUUUAUAAAAAUCAAUUCCAAUAAUUCAAAAUGGUGCAGUUGUACCAGAGGCAGUAAAGUCCCACAGCUGUGGUGAUACUGAGCCCAUUGUGACUUAUUCUAGCAAUAAUUACUGUGGACAUGCCAGCUUUAGCACAACUGCCCUUUUGGUUUGCACUAAUAAAGAUUAGUACAAUUUUUAGUGAUCUUUCCCCAACACAGCUACCAGCCCUAGCACCAUUUCUGUCCUUUGAACAAACUAUUGGGUAUUUAAUUUAUGAAAUGUUUAUUGCAUAGUAUUUGACAAAUAGGAGGCUAAAAAUGUAACACCUAAUUUUAUUCCCAAUAGCCACCUAGUACCUUAACCAGCCAAAGGGUCUCGGCCUGAAACUUCGACUGUACUCUUUUCCAUAGAUGCUGUCUGGCCUGCUGAAUUCCUCCAGCAUUUUGUGUGCAUUGCUUGAAGUUUCAGCAUCUGCAGAUUUUCUCUUGUUUGUGAUUGGACUUUAACCAAGAAAUUCCUUGUGUUUCCUGAGCACCACAUGUACAAAAUGCUAACUCCACUACAUAUAUGCUAGAGUUAAAGAUAUGGAAGAAGGCUAUGCUAUAGAGAUGGAUAAUACAGGGUAGAAAAGGUUUAUGUUGAACAUAGAUUGGACGAUGGACCACUUGAGUAGUUUGUUCUGUCUCUGCACUGCACAUUCUGUAGUAUUCUAGGUAAUGACUAGCGAGUUGGAACCUUAGAAGAUAGUCCAAGUAACUGAGGCAACAGUAACACUUCCCAUCAUUGGCUCAAAAUGUUGCUCAGACAAAAUGCCAAAAGACUUGCAUUUAUAUUAACAUCUAUCUUGACCUCAGGAUCCCAGAAGUGCUCUACAGCAAGUGAAGUACUUUUGCGAUGUGGUUGCUAUCAUAAGCUUGGGAAAGUGGGAAGUUGUUUGCACACAUCGAGCAGCUGUACACCGGUAUGGAUACACGGAUCAGGCUGUUCGUUUUGGCUUUGACUGUGGGAUACAUUGAAUGUUUGGUUGGAUUAGGAAACUGCUCUGUUCCUGUUCUAAAAGUGCCAUACAAUGUUUUAGGUUUGACUGAUAGGGACAAAAAAGCACCUGAAGGCUUGCCCCUCCUGCAGGUCAGCAUUCCUUCAAUGAUAGUGCAAUCACUGAGUAGAGCCUGAUGCUCCAAAUGAGGAUGAAGGAUCACAUAGAAAAUGCCUUGGUCUGUCCUUAGUACAUAUUGAGCAAUGCAUCUGCAUACUAGGCCAAGCAGAAUAAUUGAUUUUGAUUCAGGUUUAUAGAUAUCUGUAUCUCAAGCACAACCAAUUAUUGUCAAGGACAAGGUAUAGAAGUUUUUGUCUUGGGUUGGUUGGUUUGACCUUGUCAGACUGGAGAUAAAUGUAAUAAAUGGCCAAGUUUAUUCCUUACUGACCCUGUAGUUGACCAUAAAGUGAUCAAUCCUGCCCUUUUUUAGAAUCAUUUCACGGAAAUUGUAGCAAUUGCAACCAUUAUAAACUGGUACACUUCAAGAGACUUCGUUUUCUCUUUCAAAUAAUGCAAUGCUCUUUUCUUAUUCGCAAAUGAGGAGGCAGUUUGGCUACUAUUUGUAGAGAGGAAGAAACCUGGUAAGUGUGUUAUGUGACCCCAGUGAUAUUCCAAAAGUGAAAUGCCCAUUUGCCAGUCUCAGGUGUGAUGCUCUAGCUGUUUGAUGCCUGAAAAUUUGAUUUAUAGCAUGUGCUAAAUGUAUUUUCAGAAUAUCUGUUAAAGAUUGAUGUGUAGCUGGAGCCCUUAACAUGAACGGAAUGAUAUGGUGCUAAUUGAUUUUCAGCAUACAAUUGCAAUACUACAUUUAUAUGAAAUUUCCUUGGACACUAUUUUAACAAAGAUGCACAGCAUGAUUUUAAGUUACAAGUGAAUUCUGCCUGUGCUUCAUUACUCUUCAUUCUGCACCAUGAGUUUGACAGGUGACUCUCUGUUUAUGUGUAAAGACAUAAUCUAUGGUUUCAUUUACUUUCACUGUAUAAACCAGAUAUUGCACAUCUUGAAGGUUAAUAUUCCUUUUUGUUUUGCCUAGUCUUACUUGUAAAGCUAUUGAAAAUCAAACCUGUUGUGUGGCCUGGUAUGCUCCAUGGGCUUUAAAGGAAAGUCAGAAACCAUUUGUUGCUGUUGGCUGAAUCCCAUUUUGGCCACCUAGCGGACUGUUGCUGCCCUACUUGGCUCGAGAGAUGUUGUAUAGCUUCCUCACUUGGAUCAAUCCUCCUGAUUAGAUGAACAGUGGAGCAAAUUAAUUAACAAACCCUGAAGCCCUUCAAAGCACUUUUUCUUCACUAACUGAAAUUAAUCAUACCAAAUAUCCAGUGAAAUCAUAGAUGUGGCAUCCCUAGGAGAUCUAAAAUGCUGGAUAACUUUCUGAAAUAUGCAUUAGAUAUGUGCUGAUUUAGGAACAUAGGAACUAAUCAUAAACUCUUUAAAAAAAAUCAAGCCAUUGAACUGUCCCACCCCAACUAAUUGAUGUUAUACUUGAUAAAAUUUGAACAAAAUUCAAUGGGAACUUGCAACCUAUAGUUAGAAAAUAAAUAGGAAGGGUAAGUUACCUAAAAUAUAAUUACAUAAAUAAGGCAUGUCUGUGUGUAUGGGGGUCACAUUUGUUGGGGUUUAAUUGGCUUGUGUGAUUACACCAUGUCACCUUCUGACUCCAUAAAUCUGAUCUAGGUUUAGUUAAUAAAGAAAAACAGCUUGCAAAAAAAAAUCACAAUUUAAAAGCAAAAACCAAAUCAAAGCUGUAAAGAAUGUUUGGAAAUGUUUAGGUGAAAGAAAAUGCCAAGAGUGAUAACUACAAAAACAAGCAAUGACUACUUAAUCAUGAUAGCACAUCAACUAUCAACAUAGUGCCAUUUCCCUUGCUGGGUUAAAUCCUUGGUGAGGACCACAUUCCCUUUUACAGCUUUCAAACCAUAUACAGAAUACCAGGGAGUAGUAGAAAUAAUAGAGUAUGCACUUGUUGUGAAACUGUUGAUGCUGAAAGGAAACGCCUGCUGUCUUUCUACAAGUAAUUGAGGGAGGAAAAACCAAAAAUGUUGGCUAACUAUUAAUGCAAUGGGUCUUCAAAAGGUUUGAGGGUGAAUUUGUUUCAUUUAUGUCUGUGUGUUGGGGGGAGGCAAGGGGGUAAGGAAGAAAGGUGUGUGCAAACUAUUUGUGGUAGAUUUGAAACUAGGCUACAAAGGUUAACAAAAAAAAGGAUCUCAGCUUUAAACAUAAGCCUUAGUUUUUGUGAAUAUUCUUGGCAAACAUCCUAUCCCUUGUAAUGAGGGUCAGGAUAGCAUAAAACAGAUUUAUUUUAUGUUUACAUUGAAUGCUAGUUUGGCUGUAAUUGAAGUUUCAUAAAAAUGAAUAUAUGGUUAGGUUUUUACAACUCUGUGUACAGACUGUUUAAUCUUAAUGCAAGGUGAUGAUGCAGUCCUGAAUUUAUUGCUUUUUUUUUGGUCCUUUCUUUAAAUAAGGACUGGGCAUCUUUAUGCUCUUGGACAAGAUGAAUUAAAGAGACUGCAAUGGCUUCUUUGUCACAAAUUGCAAUGUAACAUUUGCCAACUUUGUACAGGAUAUUCAUGAUGCAUAGGUUUAGCUGCCAAGUGUGGUAUAUUGAUAGAAAAAAAACAUUUUAGGCUGGCUGAAGCCAGAUGUGCUUUUAUCUGGAUAAUAACAGAGCUUUAUUCUGUUAGUUGACUUCUGAUUCAAAAAGUUUUUAAGAAGUUAUAGAGCAUAAUGUAAAUUAUUUGUUCAUAGAUUGAGCAAUAUUUGAAUACAGAAGCACAUCUAUCUGUUACUAUUGAUAUAGUGUCUGUCUCCAGCCAGCCUUUGUAGAUGAUGUCUUUGAACUUCUGUCGUCAUCCAGUCACCCUGUACUGUUCUUUAUCUUUUUUCCCCAAUAAUCUGACCCAUUUCAGAUUAAACGUGCAGAUGGUACCUCAACAAAAACACUGAUAGAUAAAGAUUGUAAUUUUUAUUGUGUUUGGUAGCUAAUGUAAUUCAUGAAGGUAAAUUAUUUUGUAUGAGAUGACUUCAUCUAUAUUAUGUAUAUGGUAGAGUAUUUCUUUCUGAGAUUAUAUAUUUUGAAAUUUUACUCUUUUUUGUGGAAAAAGUCCUAGUUAUGAUUAAUAAACAGUAGG